AUGCUGGGCAUGUGGUCCCUGCUUCUCCUCGGGGGUCUGGUGACUCCCUGCUACGGGCUGCUGGAGACAGUGGGCACCCUGGCGCGGAUUGACAAGGAUGAACUCGGCAAAGCCAUUCAGAACUCACUGGUUGGGGGACCCAUUCUGCAGAAUGUGCUGGGAACCGUCACUUCCGUGAACCAGGGCCUCCUGGGCUCCGGAGGACUGCUCGGAGGAGGUGGUCUUCUGAGCUAUGGAGGGAUUUUCGGUGUGGUUGAGGAGCUCUCUGGGCUGAAGAUCGAGGAGCUCACGCUGCCGCAGGUGUCUCUGAGGCUGCUCCCGGGGGUCGGGGUGCAGCUGAACCUGCACACCAAGGUGGGCCUGCACGGCUCGGGCCCCCUGGGGGGCCUCCUACAGCUGGCUUGUGAGGUGAACGUGUCCUCGAAGGUGGCGCUGGGCGUGAGCUCGCGGGGGACGCCCAUCCUCAUCCUCAAGCGCUGCACCACGCUCCUGGGCCACAUCAGCCUGCUGUCGGGGCUGCUGCCCGCACCACUCUUCGGGAUCGUGGAACAGACACUCUUCAAGGUUCUCCCAGGACUGCUGUGCCCCUUGGUGGACAGUGUUCUGGGCGUGGUGAAUGAGCUUCUGGGGGCUGUGCUGAGCCUGGUGCCCCUUGGGGCUCUGGGGUCCGUGGAGUUCACUCUGGCCACGCUGCCCAUCAUCUCUAACCAGUACAUAGAACUGGACAUCAAUCCCAUCCUGAAGAGUGUAGCCGGCGAUGUCCUGGACUUCCCCAAGCCCCCUCACCCCCCGGUGAAGGUGCCCCCCAAGGAGGACCACACGUCUCAGGUGACGGUCCCGCUGUACCUCUUCAGCACCGUGUUCUCGCUCCUGCAGACCAACGGGGCGCUUGACAUAGACAUCACCCCGGAGCUGGUUCCCAGCAACGUCCCAUUGUCAACCACAGACCUGGCGGCUCUGGUUCCUGAUGCCCUGGGCAAGUUGCCACCUGGCCAGAGCCUCCUGCUCUCCCUGCGCGUGAAGGAAGCACCCACGGUCACGCUCCAGAACAAGAAGGCCACCGUCUCCAUCCCCGCCACCAUCCACCUGCGGGCCUUCCAGCCCAACGGCACCCCUGAGGCCCUCUUCGACCUGAGCGCGGUCAUGACCUUGAAUGCCCAGCUGACGCCCUCGGCCACCAAGCUGCACAUCUCCUUGUCCUUGGAGAGGCUCAGUGCCAAGCUGGCUUCCUCCUUUGCCCAUCCCUUCGAUGCUUCUCGCCUUGAGGAAUGGCUCAGCCAGGUCAUCCGGGUGGCCUAUGUGCCAAAGCUCAACGUGGACUUGGACGUUGGCAUUCCCCUGCCUAAAGUGCUGAAUGUCAACUUUGCCAAUGCUGUCCUGGAUAUCAUAGAGAAUGCGGUUGUGCUGACUGUGGCGUCCUGAGGCUGCUAGAUGGCCACCGUCCCGCUUGAUCGCCCGCCUUCUACCUGCCCAUUCUGUCUCAACUUCCC